AUGGACAAUGAAUCUCCUUCCUCGACUGCCACGGGUGAGAAGUCCACCCACGAGCCCCCAAUCAUUUCUUUCGGUAACAGCGGUGACGGCCCGCUUCGGGUGCCCGGGUUUGGUGCCAUCCCUCUGGAUUACGAGCUACCAUCCGACGCGCGCUUUGCUCAUGGAAUCAAAGAGUGGCGCCAGGCGCCAGCUGUCACGGCACGUGAGCUGGCAAUGACUGCAGUAAUGAAUCGUCUGACCGACCGUCCAAACUGGCAUGUCGAUGUCUUCGAUGAUGUGGCCGUGGCGCACUGGCGGCAAGACAGCACUGCCUCCAUCGCUAUGAAUCCCCUCUUGAGUGACCGGGCCUGGGAGUGGUGCGUGCAGGAACUACGCGACAAAGCCACCGAGUUCCAGCAAAAGGGGCAUAUCCGGGUGUUGGACACUGGAUCCUGUGUCUGCAAGUCUGAUCAUAUUCCCGCACUUCAAACGGGGGAGCUAGCCGGCGAGUUCCGACGUGCAGUAAAACCGGUGCUUCGAUCCCUCAUGGAAUCCGGGCUGUUGGAUUGGCGGUCAAGGAAUAGAUUAAGUAUCGUCGACCCGACCUUGUUUCCGCUGGUUUAUGGGCAUAGCUUGGUCUUGACUGAUGGUGGUCGGGUGGAAGUAGCGAAUAUGCUUGGCGCGUAUCAGGGUGCGACAUCCCUUGCGCCUACUCAUGUCGACAAGAGGACGGAUUCGGCGGACCUUCAGAGGCAAAUUGAUAACUGGCCAGAGGCGUGGUGGUCACUGAGUGUCGACCAUGAAACAGUUCCUCAUUAUCGAUGGAGCGCGAAUUAUCAGGUUCUGCCAUCCGAAGUGGAGUUUAUAGGGGAUGCAGGAUCGACGCAAGUGCGCCUCGCCUCAUACAUCAAUAAUCUACACCCUAUGCACCGGGGCCUGUACCGUGCAAUCGAAACAUUAAUAGGCCGGGCAAUACCGUUAUGGAACGACUGCUUGGUCCAGGGACAGCGCGGCUGGACGGAUAUCAUGAACCAAGGCCAGCUGGGACCUGUGCCGCUACGGAUAAUCACGUAUGGGCCAGAGUGGGAGAAUGAACUUCCCGAAUGCUUGCUCGCCUUCCGGAUCCCAAGUGAAACAAGGAGGCUGAGGUACCGCAGAUACCGAGAACAGCUCUUGAACAGUGCGGAAGAUAACACAGCCGAGGGUCGCAAAAGGUACAAAUUUGCAAAAAUACAACUGAUACACUUGUCAGACGUUCCAAGGGAUGAAAAAAAGGAGUUACCAUCCCCAGAUUCACACCUCUGGCAACGCGCAAAGGAGUAUCUCGAACUCCCUGAAGAUGGAUCAGCCACCCCGGUUCCUGCCCCGGAUGAUUGGCAGCAGAAGACUUGGAGUGCAAUUGAACGCAAGGCCGAGCGAGUGGUUCGUUUUCGUCACCCGGAGCCAGGGACGGCAUUUUCUUACGAAGAGUGGAAGACGGGGCGUCACCAUGAAAGAGCUGUGGUUGAUUUAGUGCGCAAGCGGAAAGAGUGGCGCUGUAUACCUUACAAUCCAUUCACGCCUCCCCACAAGCCGUAUACCAUUCGGCUCGAGGAUAUGUUCCGCUCGCAAGGAUUGCAGGUAAUUGUGAAUAUGGAAAACAUUGAGCUUACCCCUGAAAGUCCGGACUACAAAGGGACCGACUGGCACAUGGAAGGCCAGCUUAACGAACAUCUUGUAGCUAUCGCCGUCUUUGCAUAUGAUAUCGACAAUAUAACGGAACCCAAAAUUGCCUUCCGACAGAAUAGUAAGCUGGAUGAAACCUUCUACCAUUAUAGAGCGAAGAACAAACAUGGAAAAAGGUGGGAUCGACUAUCGCUGCCGGCCCACAGAUAUGGGAAAGAUUGUUGGUCCGAUUUGAAAGAAAUAGCGGAGAUACUGGGAAUUCCCGCCUGGGACCUCCAUACUGAAAAUUGGGAUUCCAGAACAUGGCAGGACACGGGUGUGGUCUCGGUCGCGCAAGGGCGUUUAAUCACAUUUCCAAACAUACUAGAGCACCGUGCCGAGCCCGUCUCUCUAGCUGACCGGUGUCGCCCGGGGCAUUAUCGUUACAUCAAGUUAUAUCUAGUUGACCCCCAUUAUCGCGUCUGCUCUACCCGCAAUGUGCCGCCCCAGCAACAUCACUGGUGGGCACAAGCCGUGGGUGAGGAUCUGAGUGCUGCUGGACUACCCCUUGAGAUGAUUGAUCAGAUCAUGAAAGAGACUGGCAGCUGGCCUAUGGGAUCGCCGGAAGCUCGGCGGCACCGCCGCGCCUUUUUGAAUGAGCAUCGCUGGAACAACAUGGUCAGGAUGAGAGAAAUGGAAUUUCCAUACUUCGAUUGUUGGCCAUACACAGUAACGGAGAGGCUUCAAUGA